AUGGGCGCAUUCUUGAAUGUCCCCCUUUCCCGCUCACCUUGCCGACUGUGCAUGCCUACCUGGCUGAGCUGUUUUGAAAUUGACAGCGUGGUCUUUGGUGAUAGUGUGCGUGGAGGGGCCGUAGCAAAAAAGCAUGACACUCUGCGGGCUCAGUUUGUUCUACCAUCCGAUGCUCGUGAAGGGUUGAGUUUGGAUACAUGAUCUGGGAACUUUACGUGAACAAGUUUGUUAACUCGACACAUCGGUCGCUUUUGUCUGCCGGAUAUUUCUGUCCCGGCUCCUGAUGGCGUCCUCAAUGUUGGCUGUGAUACUAGUCGCACUUAGCCUCGCAGUGAGGACGAGCACGUACGGUGGAGGUGCGCCCAAUAGUAGCUGCGAAAAUAUGCGACCCCAUCAUCACACGGCGGGCACUGGGACACCAGCGGAACCACAACAGAGUCCUCCUCCUCAGACACUUGAAGCAGAGUUGCAAGGCGACGGCACCGUUAAAGUCACACUAUCUUCCAAGGAACCAUUCAGAGGGUUUCAAAUACAAGCGAGACGCACGGAAAGUAUGGAAGAAAUUGUGCCUGGAACCUUCGUGCCAAAGACGGACCCAAGCUAUGGUUUUCUUCAUUGCGAUCUUCACGAAGGGGUGGCCGUCACGCACAGGAAUAACAGUCCGAAAACGCAAGUUGUCGUCUAUUGGACUCCUCCGAAAGAUAUUACAGGAUCAGUUACUUUCAUGGCAACAGCCGUUCAAGAUAUGCAAACAUUCUGGCUUGGCAUAAAGUCGGACGCUAUUCUUUUCACGGCACCAGUCCAUCAGACAGGAAGCACAGACGCAUCCACUCUUGUUGAAACAUCUACCGUUCCUGGCAGUCCCCACGCUGAAACUCUGGAGGGCAUGUACAGUCGGUGUGGUGACACCACGGGGUGUCUGGGAAAUACACCUUCCUGUAUCGCAUCCAAGUCUUGCAAGCUCCUGGUCACGUGGACUGCGAAUGACACCGGUGUGAAUUACGAAAUGACGGGGAAGGUGGAUUCUUCUACGGCGUGGGUUGCUGCUGGAAUCUCUCCUACGAAAUCAAUGCAUGACGCGGCAGUGGUGGAAUGCUUCAUGGACGGUGACAAGCCCGAAAUGAGGGAGAGUUGGAAUGCUCCUGGAUAUCAGAACAAGGUCCUGGACAAGGUUACGCAUGGGCUGUCAUUCUUGGCUCGACGCUUUGCGAAUGGAGUCCUCAGCUGUGCCUUUUACCGCGACCAUCGGACUGUCACGGAGGAGCUGACGUUUGACACCAGUGUCAACAGCUAUCACGUGCUGCUCGCGUCAGGCCCAUUCGAUACGGAUAAGGUGAAACGGCAGCACACUUCCCGGCGAGUGUCGGAAGAGAGCCUGAACCUGAAUCUCAACUAUGUCAGCACUGCCAAGGAACAGAAAGAUCUCUUCGUUCAGUUACACGGGUCCUUGAUGAUUGCGGCUUGGCUCUUCUUCGUCAGUACGUCCAUUCUUAUCGCUCGAUAUUACAAGAAAGUCUGGGAAAAGACUGUGAUUUGUGGCGUCAAGCCCUGGUUUGCGAUUCACCGCCUGUUCAUGAUACUGGCUCUAAUGCUGAUGAUUGCUGGCAUGGUUCUUAUUUUCUACAGGAUAGGGGGUUGGAGCGCUACGAGCAAUCCUCAUCCUAUACUUGGUAUUGUGAGCGCAGGACUCGCCGUGUUGCAGCCGUUCAUGGCAGCGUUCCGUUGUGGUGCAGAUGCUCCAAACCGUUACAUUUUCAACUGGCUGCAUUGGAUGAACGGCAAUUCCGCUUUCAUCAUUGCAGUGAUCACAAUUUUCUUCGCACCAAGUCUGAACAAAGCCCAACUAGAAGAAGCUGAGUGGUUCGUAUACGUCGUAGUUGCGUUCGUCAUCUUCAACGCUGUCGUGCAUAUCAUUAUGCAGCUUCAUCAAUGGGGAAUGGACAGAAAAGUCGCCAGUAAUGACAUUAAAAUGUCAGAUCGCAGCAACGGUUCAGUGCCACCCGCAGAAGACAUGCCUGGCAGCCCUAAAGACGCGCCGGGAGGAGGAUUCCGACGCUUCGUCCUGGGAGUUUACGUAGUGGUGGCGCUCCUUGCAGUGGCUGUUUUAGUAGCCACUAUAUGGUUAGCGUGAAAACGUCGCAUCCAGCGCCACCUACCAUCGCACAACGUCCUCGUCUAUUGGAACAGUUCAAACUCAGGUUGUGUCGGAAAAUUAUGAACAUCGUCGCCGUGUUUUUCUCGGCCGUCAUCGGAAGAAUCGGCCAUUGUGAUAUAUCUCGACUUAUUUCUCGUUGCAUAAGUUGUUAAUAUUUUUCCAAUUCAUUACGAAUCUUGUUAAGAGCCUCUUACGUUGGCUUUAUGUUCUUGUGAAACGUAUUUUCCUUUCAGUGCGACUUCGUUGCCUGAGUGCCAUUGUUCUUGCAGAGCGCAUGAAGUUCCCCGAUUGAUGUACAAUUAUUUAACAAACUGCAACGUUUGCAGUGGACUAUGGUAAUGUAACUGCACGGCACAUUGAUUUUGAAUAAUGUGGAGGAUAUGCACUUUGCGUAAGAAAAGUACCUUUCGGGUGAUCCUUGUUUCUAAACAAGGCCUGCUAAGUGACUCGGAAGAACCAGGUUCCGUUUAUGCAAGUGAAUGACAAGUGAGAUUGUCAGUGUGGAAAAUAUGAAAAUGCCAAAGUUCUACGGCUUUUAUAUAGGGAAACUUUGAUACUGAGACAUGGUGAACUAGAGCAUAAGAUUUGGAUUAUUUAUUGAACAGAACAGCUUGUACAUAGUCCAGACGUAUACUAUAAUUGAAACUUUAUAUUAAACAUCAUCUUCUA